AGUAGAGUAGUAUUCAGUGCGUCGUGCGAGAAGCAGUCGAGCUUGGCGAGGUCGCCUUUUGCGUUGGCACGGAGGUUCCUCCGUGCGUGUUUUUAGUUGCAAUCCCGGGCCGAGAAAACCCGCGUACCCACUCGUCUCUGUGUUUAUUGCAAUUUGUCACGGGGAAAAAAAACGAAAGUGAUCAAGUGUGAUUUUGUGCGUUCAACGUUAAGGGCGUAGCCAGGCAUUGUGUAAAAGCGCUUGAAAACGAGCGACGACAAAUCGGUGCGUGACAGUCUGCGUCUGCCAUUGGAAAGGAUGUCUUGUUGUCUUUUUCGCACCUAGUGGCAUUUUGCGUACUCGCGGGUUCGCUGCAUCAUCGUCAUCCUUUCUCUCUCUCUUUCUCCUAUCUCUUUUUUCUAGCUCGUUCUGUAAUACUACUGCUCGUCGUACUAUAUUAUACACACAUACCGUACGGACAGAAUUGAAGACAAUCGACGCAUGGUGCAGUCUCAGUCGCAACAAAGUACCGAAUUUAAGUACGAGCUUUGGGGACUCUGAUGUAAUGUUGUUUACGACUGCAAGAUACCGAAUCAUGGAAUUUUAGAUAGCAAAAGGUAAACGAUCAACAUGAACAGCAGAUGACUGUCAGCCGAGCUGAUGCUCGUUCAAGUUUAAUAUGAGCGAAGUAGUGGCUGUAACACCUAGUGGUGGAUCAUCACGCCAGGAAAGCGUGGCACACAUCAAAAGGCAUAAAUUAGCCAACUGUAAUGUUCCUCUUGUCCACGGACGAUCAAAUCCACCGAUCAACACCCGUAGUAGACUGACCACGCAUCAACGGAAUCAUAGUUUGGAUUUUAGGUCAAUGGGUAUCCUGUUGCCGCCAGUGCCGCAGGCAAGCGCGACCACGUUGACGCAUCAUCACAGAAAUCGAAGUCUCGAUUCCGCGUUGCAACGAAUCCCCGAGGUGGACGUUACGCCGAGUCCAGAAUGCGAGACGACGCCAACGCCGGUAGCUAAAGCCACGGUGCCGGCGUGCAAAGGGCGCAGCCGGGAACGCGAGGAUCUCGCCAGUCUCGGCUCGGACGACUCGGGUAUACUUUGCGGUUCCGACAGCGGCUCCAGUGACGCGACCAACGCGGCCACCAGAGAGUCGAGCGUCGAUCACCUUCACAGUCGCGAGAGCCUCGACUCGUCCUUGUCCCAGCCAGGUGACAUGGAUAGCGUGGACGCGGUGGACGGCGAGGAAAGUAGUGCUCCAGUGUCAGUGUCGGUACCGGUGUCACCCGUCGAGCUGGUGCACUUGAGUGAACCUUCAUCAAAAAAUCCCGGUGAUCUUAGUGAGCCGUAUAAACAUGAGAACACGGCCAGUGAUUCCGAUUCGCAGGUAAUGCGGUCCGGAAAAACGGUCUGUACCGUUCAAGAACUAGAGACUCACGAGUACACCGGUGAAGAACGACACGACGAUAUGACGGUCGACGCGAGGGAUUUCGAAAAUUCCUUACAAGUUUCAUCGGUGAACGAUAAACAGAGUGAACUGACCGGUGCUGCUAUGACGUUGUGCUGCGGAACGACCGUGCAAUCGGAAACUAUCGAGGCAGCUGUUAAGAAACAGACUGGUAUCGUUUGUCGAAGGCAAGAGACUGUUCAACCGAAACCAUCCGAGGGAUGUUUGCUCAGAUUGUUUGAGAGUCAAAUUUUCGACAUGUCCAUGGCGAUCUCUUAUCUUUUCAAUUCUAAAGAGCCUGGAGUUCAAAGCUAUCUUGGGAACAAGAUGUUUAGUUUCCCAGAUAAUGAUGUGGACUUCUAUUUGCCACAAUUGGUUGUAAUGUACAUACAACUUCAUGAUGUUACAGAAGUUCUUUAUCCAUAUCUUGUCCAUAGGUGUAGACAGUCGGCUGAUUUUUCGUUAAAAUGUGCCUGGCUAUUAGAUGCAUAUAGUUCUGAUGCUCAUCUACCAUCCAAAAAGAAGUCUCAUGGGACCAAACUAAAAAAUCUUAUUCUCUCAGAUGAACUCAGGCCAAAGGGAAAUGAGAAUAGAAAACGUGUAGCUGGAUUGCAAACACCUGCGCCACCACCGUUAACUGCGAUGCAGAGUGUUACAUCUCCUAAUAAAAAGACACACCAAAGAUCUCAAUCUGAUGCCACUGGAUUAUUUCAAACACUACGUCGUAGCCAUUCCGGUACAAUAAAUAAAGUAAGUCUUGGGGACCUGAGCUCUGGUCGAGCAUUUGACAAUGGUUGUACCUGUUUUUAUUCCUGCCAAGGUGUGGUAAAUGAUUUACGAGGACAAAAAACCGACUGCUUUUGCAAUGCGCCGCGUCUUGCUCCAGAACUCGAAUUUAUACAAGCAUUAAUAUCAAUUGGUAAAUUACUUGGAACUAUUCCAACAAAAGAAAGUAAAACUGUUCAAUUAAUAGCAGAGCUUAAUACUCUCAAUUUGAAUCUCCCUGCAAGGGUGUGGCUUCCUUUGCACAGUUCAGUACCACAUCAUAUCGUACGAGUGCCACCUCAAUACGCCGCUGUCCUCAAUAGUAAAGAUAAGGCACCGUAUAUAAUUUAUGUUGAAGUGUUAGAAGUAGAAGAUAUUUAUACAUCGCCUGUACCGACAAAAAUAGUGGGUUGCUCGUUAAGGCAUACUAAAUCAGAAGAAAAUUUAACAGGAGGCGAACAGUCUAAUGUAAUUGAUUCAUCAAACAUAUCUUCUUCUGAAACACAACAUAGCAUGCCACCGAUUAGGCAAACUCCGGUUAAAAAUAUUUCUCCGUAUUCCGUUAGAAAUACGGAAGUCGCAUUUAAUUUCCCCGAUGAUGAUCCUAACGACUGUUGGAGCCAAGAAGACGAUGAAAUCACGCAACAGUAUUUACAACUUCGUAAACCAAAAGAUAGAGACACGAUAUCUCAAUUAAGCCAAGAAUCAUCAGAUAGUAAAGAACCAAUAUUUGUACCUGGUGAUAUAAAGAGGCGGUUAAGCGAAAUGGCUGCUGCGCCUAGUGCAACGUUUAAUCAUGAUCCGGAAGAUCCGUCGGCUGCCGUUUUGAAGGAACCAUGGGAACUGAAACAACGUCGCAUAAGAGCUUCCAGUCCAUAUGGUCAUUUGGCAUCCUGGAGACUUCUUGCUGUUAUCGUAAAGUGCGGCGAUGAUCUUCGACAAGAACUUCUUGCUUCGCAAUUACUUUCAAUGUUACAAAAAAUCUGGCAGGAUGAACACGUACCCCUUUGGGUGCGACCAUACAAAAUUUUAUGCUUAUCAAAUGAUAGCGGUUUAAUCGAACCAAUUUUAAAUACUGUAUCGCUUCACCAAGUGAAGAAACAGUGCCAAUUAACGCUUUAUCAAUAUUUCGAAAGAGAAUUUGGUCCGUCUACGUCAGAAGCAUUUACCAUCGCGCAAAGAAAUUUUAUUCAAAGUUGUGCAGGAUAUUGUCUCGUUUGUUAUCUUAUUCAGGUUAAAGAUCGUCACAAUGGAAAUAUCUUGCUUCAUCGCGAUGGUCAUCUGAUACAUAUAGAUUUUGGAUUUAUUCUUUCAACUUCGCCAAGAAAUUUAGGAUUCGAGACCAGCCCGUUUAAAUUGACCCCUGAGUUUGUAGAAGUAAUGGGCGGAAGUCAAUCUAAACAGUUUCAAGAAUUCAAAAAUUUAAUUCUUCAAGGGUUCAUUGCAGCACGAAAGCAUAUGGAAAAAAUAGUUAAUCUCGUAGAGAUCAUGUUAUCAGGAUCACAACUUCCGUGCUUUCGAAGUGGUGGUGCAGCAACGGUUCAAGGGUUGAAAAAUAGAUUCCACCUAACGUUGACGGAGGAUCAGUUACGUCGACAUGUGGAGGACUUAGUUGAAGCCAGUAUUCAUUCGUGGUCAACUAAAUUAUAUGAUCGGUAUCAAUAUUUCGCAAAUGGCACCCUUUAAUAAUAACAUAAAUUAUUGUUUAUAUGGCAAGGAUAAUGAUUUUUAUAAGAAAACAACAAAAUUUGAUAAUAUGGUAUUCCUUCCAGAAAUGUUUAAACUUGUAGCAUUCCGUAAGCACAAAGUAUCUUUGAACCUAAUUACUCGAUCACACGCGAGUAUGAUCGGUACAUAGGAAAUGCUAUCUAAAACAUAGAUUUAUUCCAGAUAGGAUAAGCUGAUUUCAGUAUAUUAAUUUUUAUUUUCUCUUAAAUUAUUCCUUAGUUUCUUAAAAUAAUAUGAUAGUUGCCUUUUAUAAAACUUGUACAAAUACUACGUUUAUCAAUAAUUAAGGGAUUAUUUGUGAAAAGUGUUGUUUACAAAAACUUCAUGCCACGUAUACCUGUAAAAAGAAAAAAAAGAAAGAUGAAGAAAGAAACGAUAAACGAAACAGGGAAUAAUUUAUGAAAUUUUUAUCGUUACGUUAAGUAAUAUUAAAUAUGUAUAAUUGGUUUUGUUGUAUACGUUCAAAUGACUAUGUAUGCCUUAUUGGCAAGAACGAGUUAACUAUGGUCGGUGCAGACUUGGUGAAACUGACUGAAUGUUGGACUGCUAAAUCGUUAUAGCCUAUAACAGCGUAAUUUGUUAAAGGUGCCUUAUUUGUAGAAAAUGGUGGAACGAUCAAAUUUGAACACAGUGAAGUGACUACGUGUGUUGAUCUACUGAAAAAAAAAAAAAGAAAGAAA